AUGUCCUAUGUGCAAAUUGAAAAUAUAUCUAGAACCGAUCAAGAAUAUUUCUUGGAAUUGGAUGAUGAUGAUCAUCAUCAUGUCGCAGAGAGCCCUAUUUCCCACUUUCCAAUGGGCCCCGUAUCGCAGGUUCCGUUCGAUGUUAUGCAUCUUUUAGAUCUCGGUUUGAUGAAGCGGCUGUUCAUAGCUUGGAUUGAGGGAAAGUUUUCGAGAGCGGCCAAGCUGUGCGGUAGGGACAUUAUUUUAAUUUCUGAAAGGCUCAAAUAUUUGUACGAUUGGUGUCCCAGCGAGUUCGCGCGUUUUCCUCGUUCGUGGGAACGCUAUGGACGGUGGAAGGCUACCGAGUUUCGGCAAUUUUUAUUGUAUUCCGGUCCGGUUGUACCCUAUGGUAUUUUGCCAACAGACUUGUACAAUCAUUUUCUUCUUUUAAGCAGCGCCGCGCGUAUUUUAGUUUCCUCCAAUCCUUCACGCCGACAAUUGACUUACGCAAGAAUGACUUUAAAAAUUUUUGUCGCUGAAAGCGUGCGUCUUUACGGCCACAAUUUUGCCAGUUAUAACGUUCAUGGCUUAUUGCAUCUCGUCGACGAUGUUGAAAUUUUUGGUCCGGCAGACGGUUACUCCGCCUACCCGUACGAGAACGCCAUGCAGUAUUUUCGUCGAUGUAUCAGAAAGCCACAUUUGUCUCUUCAACAAAUUGCCAAUAGAAGGUCAGAACGUGCAAGAUUAGUUGGUUCCCGUCCUCAUAGAAGCUGUGAUGGAGCUCCGAUUACACUCGAUCGACAUCAUGACGGGCCACUGUCGCGCGAUGCCGUUGAGGACGAUGUUCUCCAAUUCCGCCGGUUAAAAAGUAAAAAAAUUUCCUUGAGUAUCAAAAAACGUAAUCGUUAUUGUGUCCUCAAAGAUUCUAGAAUUUGCAGAGUAGAAAAUAUCAUAAGAUAUCAAAAUAAUAUUUGCUUAGUGGCAAGAAUAUUCGAAUCCGUAGAAUCAUUCUUCGACGUAGGGGUUCCGUCAAACGACGUUGGAUUCUUCAAGUGCAAAACACUUUCUAAAGUGAAAAUCCCAGUGACUUUUAACGAUAUUCUCGCAAAAUGUUACGCGAUGCCCUUGUGGGCGCCGCGUUGCAUGGACGAAUAUGGUAGGGAAUUGCUGGUUGAUGGUACAUUCAUAGUGGCUGCUAUGAACGUUGUUUCAACUUACUGA